UGUACUGGGAGUCGGAGUGUUAUCUGAAACUGACGGUGUUCCACUCGUCCUUCUUCUUUUUCUUCCUCGGGAAAAUGUCCUGAAAACACACCGAAACUGUUAUAUAACAAGCGGAAAGUGGACACUAAGAGGGAUAUUUACACCUGGAUGUUUGGACACCUGCGACGUUUUUGGACCGAGCGACGAAACGAAGUAGGCGACUCUUGUUGGUAAACUUUCGCCCUGCGUUAGCUAGCUGGUUAGCUGCUGAGCUAAUGAACAGGGUUGAUCAGUGGUGUGAGGUGAACUUUACACUAAUCCAGGCCUGAGACCGCUGCAACAGGUCUCCUCUGAGCUAUGGAGUGAACACCCGACACCGUGACUUCUUUAAUCAUCGCUUAUUUUUUUAUUCCGUUUGAUUCCUUUUUUUAUUUUCCACAAAGUCCGGACUAAUUUAUUCCCAGGAGAAGUGAAUUAUUUUUCCCCUCUCGUCAGUGUACACAAGUCUAGCUGAGCCUCUCUCGGACAGAAGGAGUUUUAACUCGGGUUAAAUGCGUUACGAAGCCAAAAUGAUGCCGAUGUUCUUGACCGUGUACCUCAGCAACAAUGACCAGCAUUUCACAGAGGUGCCCAUAACCCCGGAGACGGUGUGCCGUGAUGUGGUGGAGCUCUGCAAGGAGCCGGGAGAGGUGGACUGCCACUUGGCUGAGAUGUGGAGAGGAUCAGAGCGGGCUGUGGGCGAGGGCGAGAGGAUGCUGGAGAUACUGCAGCGCUGGGGCUCGCGCAGAUCCGAGGUCCGCUUCUUCCUGCGCCACGAGAGAACGCCCGGCCGCGAGCCAGGAAAUGCCAGGAGCAUGGAACAGAGGAGGAACGGUGUUAAAGGAGCCCCUGAUAGAAGGAUGGAGAAUGGGGUGAGUCUUCAGGUGGCCGCUCCACGCAUGGACAUGACUCUGGCCGAGCUGCAGGAGAUGGCGACACGGCAGCAACAACAGAUCGAUGCUCAGCAGCAGCUGCUGGCCUCAAAGGAGCAGCGGCUGCGCUACCUGAAGCAGCAAGAUCAGAUGAAGCAGCAGCAGGCUUCUGAGCAGGAGAAGCUUCAGCGUCUCAGAGAGAACGUGGAGAAGCAGGAAGCUCGUCUCAAGAAAGUGCGCGCUCUCAAGGGCCAGGUGGAGCAGAAGCGCAUCAGCAACGGAAAACUGGUGGAGGAGAUCGAGCAGAUGAACAAUCUCUUCCAGCAGAAGCAGCGGGAGCUCGUCGUAGCGGUGUCGAAAGUCGAGGAGCUCAGCAGGCAGCUGGAGAUGCUGAAGAACGGCAAGAUGGAUGCUCUCCACGAUAACCAGAGCGCCGUGGCCGAGCUCGAUCGUCUCUACAGAGAGCUGCAGCUGAGGAACACCAUGAACCAGGAGCAGAACUCUAAGCUGCAGCAGCAGAGGGAGAACCUCAACAAGAAGAACCAGGAGGUGGCCAACAUGGACAAGAGGGUCAACGAGCUCCGCGAUCGCCUCUGGAAGAAGAAAGCGGCGCUGCAGCAGAAAGAGAAUCUUCCAAAUGGCUUCCCCGUUAAGGAAAAGGCUUCAAAAGAUACCCAACCCAAAAAGGUCUCUUCUGAUGGCCAGCCCCCCCAGUCAGUGGGUCAGUCUCGCGUGGCUGCAGUGGGGCCAUACAUCCAGUCGUCCACCGUUCCCCGAGGCCCAGCCAGACACGAGCUGCUGAAACCAACCUACCCAGACGGCACUGCCACGCUGCCCCCUCAGGACAAGAGCACUGGCAUGGUGUCUGCCCCAACCAAACCUGGCACAGGCCCGCAGUCAUCAAAGGCGCUUAAUGUGUCUGACUGGAGCUCACCUCCGUCAGAGUCCAACACCAGCCACGCCUCGUCCACUUUACCACGCCUGCCAAGCCAAAUGCCAAGCGCAGAGCAAGCUCCAGAUGACCCAGACGUGUUGAAAAGGGGACAGCAGGACCGCAAAGCGCGUCCGAUCUCCAUGUUCGAAUCCACCGAGCCGUCCACAGCCUCCUUACGUAAGAACCAGAGCAGCGAUGACCUUGCGAGAGACGCCCAGAAUGCUACAAAAAACCCAGUCAAAGUUCCUCCUCCUGUGCCAAGCAAACCCCGACAGGUCAAUCUGCCCUUCCCGGGCGCAGGCACCUUCCCAGGCAAGGCCAAAGUGAACAGCCAGCAGCAACAGCGCACGCCUCUUCCACAGACUCAGAGCAACACGCUUCCUCUACCAUCCAAGCAGGAAGCCCCACCGGCUGCCACUGUGCGACCUUUCACCCCAGAGCCCAAGGAACCUCCUUUGCAGAAACCUCAGACUGUGGCAGCCAGCUCCAUCUACUCCAUGUAUACAAAACAGUCUGCAGCAGGCAAGAGCUUGCAGCAAGGUGUACAGGGAGCGCUGAACCGUUCCCACAACCGCUACAACUUUGUUAGCAUGUACGGUAAGCCUGUGAUUGCCGCAGGCCAGCAGUCCCAGUCACCGCAAAUGGAAAACCCCUACACGGAUCGCCCUAACGUCCCUGACAUGGAGCCGGACCACGGCACAAACGGCACUCCAGUGGCCGAGAACCAAGAGACUGAACGCAUCCCGCGACCACUGAGCCCCACCAAGCUGCUGCCCUUCAUCUCCAACCCGUACCGCAACCAGAGCGACAUGGACCUGGAGGCGCUACGCAAGAAGCUCUGCAACGCCCCGAGGCCCCUUAAAAAACGCAGCUCCAUCACUGAACCGGAGGGUCCCGCCGGUCCCAACAUCCAGAAACUUCUCUACCAGAAAACCACUCUGGCUGCCAUGGAAACGACAGUCAAUCCUCCUAGACCUGCAGAGGAAGAGAAACCCGCGGCCGAGCCGGUCAGCCCCGAAGAAGCAGAAUCCGAAGCUCCCGAACAGCCGCUUGCCGAUCCACUGCCACCUAUAGACGUCCUGAAGAUCGACGGCGAGGACUUCAUCCCGCCUCCGCCGCCGUCUCAUCCUGCUCCUCGCCCUGAUGACGCUCUCUUAAACCCGCCUCCCCCUCCUCCUCCUCUCGAGGAUGAAGAGCCGCUCCCGUUACCUGCGGAGAGCUACGUGGAGGAGUUCCCUCCGUAUCCUCCUCCUCCUUAUCCAAGUGGUGCCGAGCAGGAAGCUCUGGGGGAUGACACAUUAAACAUGAAGCCACCAGAGGUCAUGGGACAGGUGCCUCAACCACCAGGUAAAAGGACCAAUUUGCGCAAGGUUGGAUCGGAGCGCAUCGACCAUAGCAUGAGGGUGAAGUUCAACCCAUUGGCUUUGCUUCUAGACUCUUCUCUGGAGGGAGAGUUUGAUCUGGUGCAGAGAAUCAUCUAUGAGGUCGAGGACCCCAGUCAGCCGAACGAUGAAGGGAUCACCGCUCUACACAACGCCGUCUGUGCCGGACACACCGAGAUCGUCAAAUUCCUCGUACAGUUCGGUGUCAACGCUAACGCUGCCGACAGCGACGGCUGGACUCCCCUGCACUGCGCCGCCUCCUGUAACAACGUGCAAGUGUGCAAGUUCCUCGUGGAGUCCGGGGCGGCCGUGUUCGCCGCCACGUACAGCGACAUGCAGACGGCUGCAGAUAAGUGUGAGGAGAUGGAGGAGGGCUACACCCAGUGCUCGCAGUUCCUCUACGGCGUUCAGGAGAAAAUGGGGAUCAUGAACCGGGGCGUGGUCUACGCGCUGUGGGACUACACGAGCGAAGAAGAUGACGAGCUCCAGUUCAGAGAGGGAGACUGCAUGACCGUGGUGAGAAGAGAGGACGAGGACGAGAUCGAGUGGUGGUGGGCGCGCAUGGGCGACAAGGAAGGCUACAUUCCCAGGAACCUACUCGGGCUGUAUCCUAGAAUCAAGCCACGGCAGAGGAGUUUGGCUUAAUAAAAACAUCACCCAUGAACGGAGGAGACCUGAAUCUCACGCCAGACACUGGUUCGAGAAUCAGAAUCAAAUGAAGAGACCAAAAUAUGAAGGAUUUUUUUUUUUUUUUCUUACAUAAGAAGAACAAAUAAAGAAAA